AUGAACACCGAAUUAGUAUGUCUGUCUAUAACAUCUCUAUGAUCUAUAGUUACAAAACAAAAAAAAAGACUGAACAUUUCAAUGUACAAAGGGGCGACACAAUGCCAGAGAACGCAAGAACCCGUUAAAAUGGAGAGACAACAUGAUGAGGUAUCUAGUUCUGUUGGCCCUGCUGGGGCUGAGCCAGGCUUUCAACAACCCCCAUGCCAAGCACGGCAGGCAGGCCAUCGUCCACCUGUUUGAGUGGAAGUGGAACGACGUCGCGGCUGAGUGUGAGAGGUUCCUGGCUCCCAAAGGAUACGCUGGAGUUCAGAUCUCCCCUCCUACUGAGAGCAUUUUGUUGACCAGCCCUUGGAGACCAUGGUGGGAGCGGUACCAGCCAAUCAGCUACAACCUGUGUUCCAGAUCAGGAAAUGAGAGCGAGCUCAGAGACAUGAUUACAAGAUGCAACAACGUUGGGGUUAACAUCUACGUUGAUGCCGUCAUCAACCACAUGUGUGGAGCUGGAGGCGGAGAGGGAACCCACUCUACCUGUGGAACCUAUUUCAGUGCCAAAAAUAGGGACUUCCCUUCCAUCCCCUACAGUGGCUUUGAUUUCAACGAAGGAAAGUGCAAAUCUGCCAGCGGAGACAUCGAGAAUUACAAUGAUAUCAACCAGGUGCGUGAUUGUCGUCUGGUGAGUCUGCUGGAUCUUGCCCUGGAGAAGGACUACGUCAGAGGAAAGGUGGCCGACUACAUGAACAAUCUGAUCGACAUGGGAGUGGCUGGGUUCAGAGUGGACGCCAGUAAACACAUGUGGCCCGGCGACCUUACUGUCAUCUACGGAGGUCUCCACAACCUCAACACCCGCUGGUUUAACGAGGGAGCCAGACCCUUCAUGUUCCAGGAGGUUAUCGACAUGGGUGGUGAGGCCAUCCAGGCCUCAGAUUACUUCCCCCUAGGCAGAGUCACUGAGUUCAAAUAUGGAGCCAAAAUCGGAAACGUCUUCCGCAAGUGGAACGGCGAAAAGCUGUCUUACACCAAGAACUGGGGUGAAGGCUGGGGCUUCAUGCCCGAUGGCAAUGCUCUUGUGUUUAUUGAUAACCAUGACAACCAGAGAGGUCAUGGAGGAGGUGGAAGCGCCAUACUCACCUUCUGGGACGCCAGGAUUUACAAGAUGGCCGUGGCCUACAUGCUUGCCCAUCCCUACGGGGUGGCCCGUGUGAUGUCCUCCUUCCGCUGGAACCGUGCUGAUGACUGGCAGGGCCCUCCCAGCCAUGAAGAUGGAUCCACCAAGAAUGUCCAAGUAAACGCUGAUGACACCUGUGGAGACGGAUGGGUGUGUGAGCACAGGUGGCGCCAGAUUACGAACAUGGCUACCUUCCGUAACGUGGUGGAUGGACAGCCCCAUUCCAACUGGUGGGAUAAUGGGAACAACCAGGUGGCCUUUGGACGCGGCAACCGCGGCUUCAUUGUCUUCAACAACGAUGACUGGCACCUGGAUGUGACUCUGAACACUGGCAUGCCCGGCGGCGCCUACUGUGAUGUCAUUUCUGGCCAGAGGGACGGAGAGCGCUGCACGGGGAAGACCAUCAAUGUUGGGGACGAUGGUCGCGCCCACUUCAAGAUCAGCAACACUGAAGAGGAUCCCAUGGUGGCGAUCCAUGCUGACUCCAAGCUGUAAAAACAAAUCCACCAUAAACACAAACAAACAAUAAAAUCUACUGCAAACUGAA